UGGGGUCUCUAUGGAUCCCUAUGGGGUCCUUAUGGGGUCUCUAUGGGGUCUCUCCCUAUUGCAGCUGUGGGAGGACAAGGAAGGCAAGAAGAAGAUGAACAAGAACAACGCCAAAGCUCUCAGCAGCCUCAGGCAGAAGCUCCGCAAGCACAACAGGGACUAUCAGGGGCUGCUCAACGCAUACAGACAGAACCCCGAGCAAUCGGCCGAUGAGGACGAGGAGAAGAAGAGCCGCGACUCUGAGGGCUCGUCCAGCUCUGGGGAUGAUGAUGACGAUGGUCUCGGUGCUGCCGCCUUCCUCAAGAAGAAAGAUGGGGGGAGAGCAAAGAGAUCCGAGGUAUGGGGGGCACUUAUGGG